GGGGGAACCUGUUCAAUUCAUUUUUACAGUACAAGGGGAAGGUCAUGUGAAAACAUUUUUCAAUUGUGGGGAGGGGGGUGAUAUUGUUUUAUGACAGCUUGAGUUGGACAAGCUCCCCCCUAAAUGAAAGAUUGAUUGAGGCUGCCUGUUCCCAUUUUGUGGGAAUCGGCUGUUUGGUGUCUUGUAUUUUCCAUACCAGACUGAGGUUAUUAUUUUGCCUCCUGGCAUGAAGCAAUACGAAUCUACAUCUUUAGGGGCCGAUGAAUAAACGAGAUGAUGAACGAGAACGAGGAAGUCGCGCUUGUGGGAUGGGGAGUUCACAAUAACAGCUGAAAUGUCCACUCAAUCCACGCCGCCUGUCAUUGAAUGACAGUCACUGAGCGGAAGACAGAGAGGCGUCUCCACGGUGCGGCGCCACGAUUGAUGCGACACAGUACACCUGAGGAGUGAACGAUACCUGCGGAGAGUAGACUCUUCUCCAAAACCAGCUCGCCAACAUGGGGUUAUCACCUUCUAGUCUCCUAGAUGAACAUGGAUCCAACUACAUACGAGGUUGUGCAGAGGCAGAGUUGAAAGAGUUCGGUCCCCACUACAGGACACAGUACUCUGUGGUCUUCUUCUCCCAAGUCCAAGAUGAGCUGGAGCAGCCAAAAGAGAAAAUAAAACAGCUCCUCAAACAGAGGGGUCCUCCGGAGGCGGGGGAGGUGCUGUAUGAGGAACAAGUCCUUCAUUUUGAAGCAACCAGGAAGUGGGAAGAGAGGUACGUGGUGGUGCGUGGCAACUACUGUCUGGAGUGCCACAACAGCUUUGAGACCUUUGUGAAGGGUGUGCCCCCGCGCCACAAGCUGCUGCCAACAGGGGGCACAGUGCUCACCACAGAGGAGAAAUACAUGGCCAUGGUGGACAAAUGCUUCCCUGUUUCUGAAACCAACAAUGAGAAUGAAAAGUUUGCCCCUCCUAUAAUCGGCAUGCCUGGACAGUUCCCUGUGUACCUCAGGCUUCCGUACCGUAGGGAUUACUACUUCUGCUUCCGACAGGAUGCUCGCCAAGCUGAAUUCCUCUCCAUCCUCUCCGACUGCAUCCGCCACCAGAACCAAGACUUCCUAAAGAAGAAGACAGUUGAGGUGCAGGCCUUCCUCAAAGCAGUCCACCUCUACAGACAGGAGAAGGGCAGCUAUGACUCCUGGAAAAUGCUGAUUGGCAGUGACGUCAGGGUACUGGCCAACCUGGUUAUGGAGGAGCUGUUGCCCUCUUUGGAGAAGGACAUGCUGCCUCAUCUAAAAGCCAGGAAGACAGAGAGGAAGAGAGUGUGGUUCGCUACCGUAGAAGCGGCCUAUAUCCUGGUGCAGGAGUGUUUAUUUGAAGGUAUGUCUGCUCUGAAGGAGGAGUGUAGGAAGGCAGCUCACCAGCAGGAGGUGCUGAUACGCUCUGAUAUGGACCAGAUCCUCAACUCCAGAACCUACCUGGAGGGAAAACUACGAGCUAGUGUAUUGGAGUCAGCAGAGAAGUUCUGUUCGGAGAGCGUGCAGCCCUACCUGGCCUCCGUACUGGAGGAGCUGAUGGGACCAAUCAGCUCAGGGUUCCAGGAAGCACGGCUCCUGAGUGACAGCCAGAUGGACCAACUGUGUCAGGACUUCCAGGAGGGCGGGGUUACCAAUGAACUCAAGCAGGCCCUAGCUAAACUGAGUAGGCCCAAUCUGUUGAGUUGUUACCAGAGGAUCAGCUCUCUCCACGACCAGCUGCACGACCUGCAGGAACGCUUUGGCUUCUCCAACAUCAGCAGCCUGGUCCACAGCACCCAGAUAGACCUACAGCAGCUGGUGGAGAAUGCAGCGUACACAUUUCAUCUGCUGCUCUACAAGGACAUAGAGGACAACCCAGGCAACGCGUGCUCUGCCAUGGAGAAGUCCAGGCACAGGGUGCUCAAGCAAUAUGACUAUGACAGCAGUACGGUGAGGAAAAGGAUCUUUCGUGAGGCCUUGGUGGGGAUCACUCUCCCUCACAUCAAGAAGACCCUGGCCCCCACUUACAAAACAGAGCUGCAGGGUCUUAAACAGUUCAUCUAUGCAGACUAUUCCAACUUUGUCCAUGUUCACAAUAUCUAUGAGGGCAUUUUGCUGCAGAGUCUGGACAAGGAAGUCAUCAAAGUGGUGGAGGAGGCAGCCAGGCUGAAGAAACACAAUCUGUUCACAGACACCAGAGACCUCCUGAGCCAGUCCAGCUGCUCCAGCAUAAUCUCCACCCCAGCAACCCAGCCAGGAUGCUAGGCUUCCCCGGACAGCUCCAGACCCAGCCCGAAGCCGAGCCCCGGCCACCCUCCCUGCUGAGCCAAAGAGGCCCUCCAGGCUGGGGAGCCUGCCCCCAAGGCCCGGGACUGUGGAAGGAGAUCUGGGACCUGGUGGUGGAGGAGUUGGGAGUGGAGAAGAUGGUGCAGCGUUACCCAGGUAGUCGUAACCUAUAAGAGAGUGGUGACAAAGUGAGGGGCCUGAUGUCAACACAGAGAAUAAAGGAUGACAAGGGCCCCAUUUAAAAUAAAAAAUCACUGUAAUUGUGAGGAGUAUGGAAAGGUGAUAGACUAUACCCUUGCUGUUGUGGAAACCAACUGAGAUUGACUUCACUGUAAAAAAAACAAAGUCAUUUUUAUACAAGCAUAAAACUACGUUUCCAUAAAACUGGUAAAAUAUGAAUGUAUACAAUUGUGUUUGUGAGAAGAUCAAUGUGGUGAGAUAUGGCCAUAACUGGAUUAUCACAUUCAGAACCAAGGAAAACAUCAAAUUGACUAUUGCAAUUGUGUGGCUUGAACUUCAUUUGUGUCAUAGAUUUUUAUAUGUAUUUUAGAUGAUUUGAGAACAGUUUGAUACAUGCCAGUUUAAGUUGUUCAAUAUUAAAUCAAGAACACUGCCGUAUAUUGAAUCGGUCUAAGUAGCAAUGGGAGGGUUCUACAUAUGGAGGGUUUAGGGAUUUUCUGUUCUAUGUAUAGCUAUCCCAAUAAGAGGCAUCAUGAUUUGAGGAGUAUAUUAUUAUACUGUCUACACGUAGGCCUACUGCAUUGAUUCCAUGAAGAAGAAUGAGCCAUUUCCAAUGGACGUGGUUGCUAUGGAGACUGGUCUAGUGUCUUUAUUUCUGAAUAACCUUUAGCUGUGUUGAAAUGUCAACACCAUCCAGUGCCUGUACAUAACAUUUUUCACUGGCAAUUUGGGAAGGGGCUGUGCAUGUUUACUGUAUAUUUAACAGUUAAUUGCAAUUAAUUGAUUGUUUUCAGCUACUUUUGUGCUCCAUAAACUCGGCUAUUAACCCUUCAGUGCUAAAGGAAGGCAAACGUAUUAAAUGUUUUAUUUGACUAUAAAACAAUACAAAGGUUAUUUUAUUUAAAUAAAUAACACACAAGCACUGGACGGCUGGCUGGCUUUUCUAGACUUCAUACAGUAUUUUAUAGUUUCUCAGACUCUAAAAUUGUUCAUGGAUAAACAAAAUUAUUGCCACCCUUCAUAAAGACUGUAUAAAAUAAAUCAUACAAAUACUGAGUGUACAGAACAUUAGGAACACCAGCUCUUUCCAUGACAGACAGAAUCCAGGUGAAAGCUAAGAUCCCUUACUGAUGUCACUUGUUAAAUCCACCUCAGUGUCGAUGAAGGAGACAGGUUAUAGAAGGAUUUGUAAGCCUCUAGACAAUUGAGACAUGGAUUGUGUGUGUGCGCCAUUCAGAGGGCAAGACUAAAUAUUUAAGUGUGCUUGCUCUAUUUCCUCUACGGCAUAAGUACCUUAUGGUUGAAGACUCUUCUUUGAGUCAUAAAAGUGCAUUGAAAUCGCAUACUUUGAAGAGGUGUGUGGCCACUUGGAAACACCAGUUAGUCCUCUUACUCAAACCCUUAUGUUUUUGUCUUACGUUGCACCUAACCCACAUUUUCCAGGAAGUCUUAUGUUACUGAAUGUAUCCAGAGUAUUUUCAGAUUUCAUUAUCAACAAAUGCAGUGAAAAGUAUAGUAAAUGUAAAAUGCACAUAAAAUCAAGCAAUGUUUGGAUUCAGUCGUGUCAGGUGAACUGUUGUGUACUCACCUUUGGUCUAAUAAUUUCCCCAUUAUCUCCAAACUGUUCCCUUUCAAUAUUUAUUCUGUAAGAAACAUUGAAAUGUAUCCC